AUGGUUGUGCGCCUCGAGCCCGACGUCGACGACGACGAGGAGGCCUUCACGUAUAGCGAGUGGUUGUCCAUCCUGGGCGUGAGCGACGCGGCCGGCAUCAAGGGCGGCGGCCCAGCCCGGCUCACGGAGAGGUGUGUCAACCGCCAGGACGCCGAGUGCGACGCCGGGAUCAAACCUCUCGCCAGCGAGCCGCCGCCAGAGCCGUCCGCGGACGUCAACCUUGACAGCAGCUUCGAGCCCGGGCCGGGUCAGAACUGGCUGCACCAGGAGCUGGGCUCGCUGCAGCGGCAGCUCGAGUAUGCGAACGAAGCGCUCGCGUCCGAGCGGGCCCAGGCUGUCCGGCUGGAGGCGUCGCUCGACUCGCUGCGUGCGUCCGAGGAGCAGCUGCGCGGCGAGCUUCGCGCGGAGGCUGCCAAGGGCCAACGCGACGCUCGCGCGAUGCGGCAGCUGCAGCGCCGCGAGGCGCUUCUGCUGAGCCAGCUGGCGGCGCUGGAGCGGGAGAGGGACGAGGCCGUGCGGUCCGGGGAGGCGCUCCGCUGCGGCACGGGCGCGCUGCAGACCGCGCUGCGCGAGGUGGAGCAGAGCCAGCUCGAGGACCGCAGGAUGGGCGAGGCGCCUGCCGAGGGGUCGCUCGCCGGGGAGGCUGCCUUGGCGGCGGGCCCGCGCGAGCCUCCGGCGGGAGAGGAGCGGUCGCUUGUCGGUCUCCCCUCCCGCACAGAGCAGCGUGGCGGCGCCUCGGCGCCGUUUGGAUCGCCGGGUGAGCGGCUGGGGCCCGGGGACGCCUCCUCGUGCAUGGAGCGGCGGCUGACGGCCCUCUCGCAGGAGCGGGGGCUCCUGCAGUGCGAGCUCGAGCGGAUGCCGCUCAGCGCGGGCAGGAGCAACGCCGAGCGGAAGCGCAAGCUGGCUGUGGAGUCGCGCAUCGCAGAGCUAAGUCGAGAGGUGAGCGAUCUGAGGUUGCGACUCAAGGCGGCGACCGCGCUGUCCGGCUGCCGGUGA